CUUGUCCUUCUGGGAAGCAGCUGCAGAGUACACCUCGUUCAACCUUUGCACAACAUUUCUCCAUUUUACAGAAAAAAACUAAACAAAAUGUAGUUAAGACUGAUGUGAAAUUUGAGAGCGGACAGACAGCAGGUGAACUCGCUGAAGCUCGUGGAAACUACACAGUCAGGUGACCAGCCUCAUUUGACUGCAGCAAGAGGACACUGGCUUCAUUUCAACUCAUAGGAUGAUAAUGCUGCCACCAUAUUUUACUUGUUACUGAACCGAGGAGUCCCAGCUGUCACUCAACCUUGCCACCUAGUGGAGCUUUGAAGGUUUAACUCCCUUCUGGUCAACAGUAAUCUUCCAGACAACUACCUCCCUCAUCUGGGGAAAUGCCUGCCCUGCAACAUUUCCCUUUGAUCCCAUUUAUUUUGCACGUGCUGAACAUUGUUUGGUGAAGGAAUUAAAAACCUUUUUUUGCAGCUACAGUUAAGAGGCUCUCAAUUAGUCGACCAAAAAAAAAAACUGUUCCUUCACUGACAUAUGUGUGAUAUGCACCCAUGAUCCCUGACUUCAUGCUAGUGUUGAGGGAGCCCCAAAGCAAGAGCAUCCAACAAGAAGCAAAUUGAGCCACACAGGAGAAGUCAGUCCCUAAAAGAGACUGCACAAACAGCCAGAUGGAACCAACAAUUGGCACGCUCUCUACAGCUACACCAACUGCAACACAAAAUCACACGUUCGAUAGCCAGACAGACAAAUAUAAAUCUCACAACUGGGAGUUCCUGGUGGCCGUCCUGGUCACAGCCAUCUCCAUCUCCAUUCUCAUCGCCCUUCUGGCUAAAUGCCAGGUGGUCCGGCGUUACCUGGCCAGCUACAGGCACACACGGCUGAGAGAGACAGACAACAUCAGCCAGUGUCAACCUUCAGGCCUGGAGGGGGAAUUUGCCAUGCACAGGGGCCGUGGAAUUAACCCUCACUGCCUCCCUCCUGUGAGCGAGGAAGAUGAUGACGGCUUCAUUGAGGACAACUACAUCCCGGCCAGUGAGAGAGCGAGGGCUGAAAGAGCAGCGGAGAACAUGGAGGACAUGGAGGACACAGAGGAAGAAAUGGAUGAAAUUGAAUUUACCAUCGCUUAGAGGGACUGUCUCUACACCUCCUCGGCUUGAUAAACCCCUGAAAAUCCAAUUCUAGUCCCACCUUUCCUCUAUUUUUAAGUAAAAUCCAUAUUGUCGAUUAGUAAAAAAAAAAGAAAAAAAAGGUUAGGAAAGCAUAAAAAUGUAAAUACCAGUGCUCAAGAGUGUCUUAAUUUCAAGACAGCACAGAAUGACUUAAUUCAAAGUGCAUUAUUAUGGCAGUAUCUCUCAAUGCAUGAUCUGUGGAUCCAUAAAAGUCCCCUAAAAUAUAAAUAGAAGUCAAUUUUGUCCUGGCAUUUGUCAGUAUACUAACAAUGGCCAUAAUAUGUUUCUAUAAGAUAAUUGAAGGAACCACAUUUUGUCCUGAAACAGUAAAAAUGAGUGAAAAUAGAUCAAUUGGUCUUCUGCAAAUAUGAACAUUAACUAAUCACCUUUGUAUCUGUGACUGAGUUGUUGGUUAAGUGAUUUGUUGACACAGAUUAUGCAACAAAAAAAAUCUCUGUAUAAUUCAGACAAAUAACCACAGUUGCGCUGAAUUUGAACAGGAACAUUUCACUUUGCACUGACAACAUGUUUGUCAGUGAAACAGGCAAUUGUGUAGAUAGAUACAGUGUGUAUGUGUGUAAAAUAUUAUUGAAGGCCUUUACUGUAAUAAAGCAGUAGCAACUGAGCAACAUGAGGACAUUGUGAUGCUCUGCUCUCGGUCAGAUCAACAGCUUUAUGAGAGACUAGCAAAAUUAAAUUUAUAUCUUUAAAUGUUGUGUUGUUACAGCAUCACUGUACAUUGUGAUUUUUAUUUUUUCAAAAACUAACGUGCCUUUUACAUAUGCUUAAAAAAGGCUCAAUUAUGUUAUAGUAAAAGCAUUAGCCUACUAGUUACUUUCAAUUUGGCUGCUAUUUUUUAGAAUGGUAACAAUAGACUGGGACUGUACUUCAUUCACACUGUAUGAUAUUUGGUCAGGAAAUUGUAAACCUUAAUAAAAAUCCCGAAAUAGUGUCGCCUGGA